ACCAAGUGUAGCAAAAUCGCCUGUACUUUGUUUACGUCCCGUUGGUUAGCUGACAGUUGUUGUAGCGCUUUACUCUCACACACAACCCUGACUGCAUGGCUUUGCUGGUUGCCUGAACCUUCAUAAACUUUAAACCGAGUGUCCUGGGUGUCCUGGAUGUGAUGUUUUGUUGAAUGAGGGGGACCCGCUAGAUGCCGACAGGAGGAUGAACUCCAUCACCGGUCGGGUUCUUGCCAUCCCCGCCGCCUCUGUCACCAGCUCUGGAGCUUCAUCCUCUCGAGCCUUACAUGUAGAGCUGACAUCCCAGCAGAGGCGAUUGCGUCAUCUCCGGAGCAUCGCGGCCCGGAACAUUGUGAACAAGAAUGGUUCCCCACUGCUGGACACUUACUUCACCCUGCAUCUCUGUAUAGGAGAGCGCAUCUCUAGAGAUUUUUACAAGAGUGAAGUCAUACGAGACUCGCUGAAUCCAACUUGGCGCAGCCUGGACUUUGGCAUGCUGCCGGACCUUCUGGACACCUCAGUGUCUUGCUUCGUGGUGCGGAUCUGGGGAGGACAAGAGGAACAGUUCCAACUCCUCAUAGAAUGGAAGGUCAAUCUGGAUGGCCUCAGAUACACAGGACAGCAGAUUCGAUCCAGGAAUCCAAAUGAGAUCAUAUUUGGAUUGAAUGAUGGCUACUAUGCAGCUGACUUUGAUCAUAAGGAUCAGUCGGAGCGGAAGAAAAACAGCCUGCUUCAGGUCGACCUGAGUUCAGUCCGGAACUCCUACAGCGUUUUCUCUUUACUCAGGCUUCACACAGCACAGAGAGCCAUCAAACAGACCCAAGUGACAGUGCAGAGGAUUGGGAAGGAGAUCGAGGAAAAGCUGAGGACGACGGCAACAUGCACAGAGCGGAAGAAAGAGCGAGAGUGCAUGCAGCUGCGUAUCGCUGUGCUGCGGAGCGAGCUGCAGCGGCAGAGGAAGGCGCUUGGCAGGGAGAUGGACCUUCGGCAGAAAGAGAGUGCACGGCUUCAGAAGAAAGAGGAAGCAUUCUCCGCUCAACACGAAAGUCUGAAGGAGGAGAGAGAAUCGUUAACCAAGCUGCAGAAGGAAUGCACUGCCAAGAGAGAGCAGUUCCUCAAGUCCAACGCCCAGCUCACCUUCCGCUGUCGGCAGCUCCUCUCUGAGCUCUCCUACAUCUACCCCAUUGAUGUGGCCAAUCAGUCAGAUUAUGUCAUCUGCGAAGUGAAGCUGCCGAACUCUGAAGACUUUCAAGCAAAGGAUGAUGGGAGCGUGGCGGUCGCCCUGGGUUACACGUCGCACCUGGUGCUCAUGAUCUCGUGCUUCCUGCAGAUACCUCUCCGGUACCCGGUGAUCCACAAGGGUUCACGCUCCUCCAUCAAGGACACCAUCACUGACCGGCUCACUGAGAAGGAGAGAGAAUUCCCUUUGUACCCCAGAGGAGAGCGCUUUCAUUUUGAAUAUGGUGUCUACUUACUCAACAAGAACAUUGCCCAGCUGAGAUAUCAACAUGGUUUGACAACCCCCGACCUGCAGCAGACACUACCCAACCUGAAGAACUUUCUGGAGCACGGUCUGCUGGUGCGAUGUGACAGACAUCACGUCUCGAGCUCCAUCCCAGUCCCAGCCAAGUCUCAGCUGGGUGUGUCUGCUGCUUCAGAGAUGGGCUUCCCCUCCCACACCAGCUCCCCCGACCGAGGCCUGAGGAAGAGGGCCAGUUCAGAGGCAGACAAGCCCACUCCCCCUCCCAGCUACAGCACAGCCAUGGGGGAAAAGCAGACCCUGGCAGCGCCCUCUCCCUCACCCCAACACCUGUCCUCCUCCCUUGAUGCCGGCAUGGCCUCUCUCAACCUGGCCAAGUCUACGGAGCCCACCGAGGACGGAGAGGAGAAGGAGGAGAGCAGGGAGGCAGAAGUGGAGGUGGGGAGAUGCAGAAGCACAGAUGGAGAGAUGGAAGUAGAUAAAGAAGAAGAACCUGAGGAGCAACCGACCAGUAGCACUGUUGCGUCUCACUCUCUGACAGUGCAGGACACUGGAGAGGACAGCAGUCAGCACACGGCUUCAACGAACGGCUCUGUCAGUCUGGCUCCAGAGCUGCGCUGCUCUGUGGAGCAGGCUGAGGAGAUCAUGGGCACAGAGGCCACCGGGCUGGGGCUGGGGCUGGGGUUAGGGGUGGCAGACGAGGCCCGGAUGGAAGACUACCGCUCCAUCCCGGUGGACCACGCAGUCGCGGUGGAAUGUGACGAGCAGGUGCUGGGGGAGCUGGACGCGGCCGGCUUCGAGGAGUUCUCCAGGCGCAUCUACGCACUGAACGAGAACAUGUCCAGCUUCAGGAGGCCGCGCAAGAACUCUGAUAAGUGAUGCUAGCACCUGAGGAGAGAGGGAGGCAUGGAAGACUUGCACAGGGACAAACACAUGCAGGGACAUCAGGGCGGGUCCACUCCCUCAUCACAGCAUCAACAAUGAUAUGAGCUAUUCUGGAAUAACGACCAAUUUGCACUUAUUGUAAACAUUUCCAUAGUAAUCUUUUAAAUGAAAUGCGGUUGAAGUGUAAGUAUUGGGACAGUUAGCUUUACUUGUAUUUUUGAUGCCAGCAUUCAUAUAUUUUUAACAAUGGAUGGAACAAUGCUUCAUUAUUCAGACAUUUUUAAUCACAACUACAUUUGGACUUGAGCUUAACAAUGGCCCUUUUGAAUUAGUGUUGUUGUUCACUAAAAAACUGAAACGUUGACUUUAAUGAAAUGCAGUAUGUCAACAGAUUGUGUUUGGUUAGUUGGAAGCAAUAUUAUUAAGUUUAAAUACAACACAUUAGGUUCAACUUAAUAUUAUUGCUUUAAACAAACCUAAGAGUUAUGUGAAAGUUGUUGACAUAAUACAUGUCAUUAAUGUCAGUGUUUCAGUUUCUUCAGUGAAGUCUGUUGAUCCAGGAGACAUGGGACCAUAACUCAGAACAACUCCAAAGUGUGUCAAGCGUGUUUCAAGUCCUUCAUGCAGUACCUCGUUUGCUCUUUACUUCUUGCACACACAUUAUUAUCUCUGAACUGCAAGAUUCACUGUGUGUGUGUGUGUGUGUGUGUGUGUGUGUGUGUGUGUGUGUGUGUGUGUGUGUGUGUGUGUGUGUGUGUGUGUGUGUGUGUGUG